AUGCCACUGUUUGUCAUUCUGUUUGGCGCCCCUGGCAGCGGGAAGGGGACGGUGAGCGAUCUGCUCGUGAAGCACUACGGCUUUGUACACCUGAGUGCUGGUAGUGUGCUGCGCGAAGAGGUGCGAAAAAAGUCUCCGCUAGGACUGAAGUGUGCAGCCAUCAUGACCGAAGGGAACCUAAUUCCGGAUGAGCUCGUUGUGGACCUCGUGUGCAACCGACUGAGAGAGCCGGCUGUGCAGGCGCACGGCAUUCUGCUUGACGGCUUUCCACGAACCCUGCGGCAGGCGGAGGAGCUUAGCACGCGCGGCUUCAAGUUCGACAUGCUGCUCUUCCUUGACGUGUCGCCGGAGAUCCUGCUCGACCGAUGCCUUUCGCGGCGCCUUGACCCGGUGACGGGGCGCAUUUACAACCUCAAGAGCGACCCGCCGCCGUCGGACAUUGUGGACCGUCUUCUGAUCCGCCCGGACGACACAAAGGAGAAGCACAAGCGUCGCAUGCAGAUCUACAACAAUCAAAAGGCAGCUCUCAUGGCCCACUACUCAGACAUUAUUAUUGAGAUUGAUGCAGACCCGGAAAUCAAGGUAGUCUUCCAGACGCUACAAGAAAGGAUCAACAAGCAGUUGCGGGGCGCCACUACACAGGCUCGUACUGCGAAGCUCUAG